AUGGAGGCAAAUCGUGAUGCUGCGGUUCUUUGUGUGGAACGGGCUGUUUCAUAUUUCAAACAGGGUAAUACCACAGAGGCGAUGCGAUUUGCUAAAAAGGCGAAAAACCUGUUUCCUGGGGUCAAUAUUCCCGACUUCAUAUCACUUGGCAAUGGAGACACAGAUGUAAGGAGGCGUAGGUCUGUUAGCCACUCGAGAAAUGAGUCCGUAAACGGGGAAUCUCGUCGGUCACGCGAAAGAUCGGAAGAGAAGAGUUUUACAAAGUCUCAAGUCGAAUCUGUUCGCCGAAUUAUGGCUUGUCAAGAUCUCUACUCCGUAUUGGGGGUUCCUAAAGACGCUACCGAGGAUGAUAUUAAACGAGCCUACAAAAGGUACCGCUUCCGUUUGCUGGUUUCGUCACCCUGCUUUAGCUUGGCGCGACGUUUUCAUCCGGAUAAAAACAAGGCGCCCGGUGCAACAGAAGCUUUUAAAAAAAUUGGCAAUGCUUUUAAUGUUCUAGUAGACGCCGAGAAACGUCGUCACUACGAUCAAUUCGGCACGGUUGAUGAGGAGCGCCCCCCUGUUACACGUCGACACGGUGUUUAUACUUUUGAUGGCAACACCGGAUUUGACGCUGAAUUUAUCAAUAUGUUCUUCAAUGGUGGCUUUCCAUUCGCGCAGAAUGUAAGAUACACGCGACACGCGCAGCAUCACGACUCCAAUCAUGAGAAUAAUUAUUUCGCCUACAUCCAAAUUUUACCACUUCUUAUCCUGUUCGGACUCUCAUUCCUCAGUAAUUUUCUUGUCAAAGAUCCCGUCUUUAGUCUUCAGCGGACUUCAAAGUACACUGUACAACGUCACACGCAAGCUCACAGCUUGCCCUAUUAUGUAAAGGAAACCUUUCCACAGGAAUACGACGGGUCCAUACGUCAUAUAGAAAAUCAAGUGCUUGAACAACAUCUAUACGUUCUCCGCGAUAAGUGCUUCAAGGAACGCGCACAAAAAGAAGCCCUAUUAUAUCGAGCUCGCUAUACUCGGGACGAAGCAGCCUACGAACAUGCGAAACGCUUCCCUACGCCAAGCUGUGAUCGAAUGCUCCAUCUCAAGAUGCAGAUAGGGAGCUUAAUUGCGAGGGGGUCGAUGCUGCGCUUAUUGACGUGUCUAGUGCCAAGAAGUGUUUCCACAGUGAUACCGAGCGAACGUCUAUGGCGUUCCUUUCUCUACGUGCCUGGAGAUCAAGAGAGGAAGAUCAAGAAAAUGAAGAGAAUAUGUAACACUACCGAACUCUCUUCCUCCAUUCCAGAUCUCAUUGUUCUCGACUGCGAAGAUGCCGUCUCUGCUGAAAAUAAGGCACUGGCUCGCAAAACUAUCGCUUCGUCGCUACAGGCACGAGAUUUUGAAAGGUACCGAGCGCAUUUACUGCGAGGACUUUCGCUACGCAUUAAUGCACCCUCAACGGGUCUGGCUGCAGAUGAUCUCUACAUUGUUCUUUCAACUGCUGCAGAGACCAUGAAGGCCGAUGGUGGUAUCUGGCCGGGUCCUGACUACAUCUCUAUACCGAAAACUGAGUCUGUUGCUGAUCUACAUUGGGUGGAGUCCCAAGUAAUGAAGAUAUUUCAGAAACAUCCCAUUGCGACAAUUCCUAACCUAGCUCUCAUCGGGAUGAUUGAAUCAGCUAGCAGCCUGAUGAAUAUGCGAGAGAUUUGCAGGGAUGCUCGAAAAACCCUUAAACUCCCCCUGGUCGCUAUGGUUUUCGGUUCUGACGACUACUGUGCCAGUCUAGGCGUUACUCACUCACAAAGUCGCCAGGAGGCGCUAUUCGCGCGGCAAUAUUUGGUGACAAUGUGUAAAGCUUAUGGGCUAGCCUCUCUGGAUAUGGUUGAGACGGACUUAAAUAAUAUGGAAGCCUUCCGCCUUAACUGUGACUUUGGCGCACGACUGGGUUACGAUGGAAAGCAGCUGAUUCAUCCGAAGCAAGUCGAACCGGCCAACGCAGCGUACGCACCGAGCCCAGAGCGAAUCGAAUGGGCCACCAAGGUGGUGGAGGCGGCGGCAGCACAUACCACUUUAUCCUCUGUCUCUACCUCUGCGGAUGCGAAAACUGCAGAUCGUUCAGCUCUUGACGCCGUUGUGAUGUUUCAAUCACCUCUCAAGUGUUACCACGGGUCAUUGUCAUUGUUCUUUGGCCCCAAUAAUCAGAAAUAG